AUGGCGCCAAUUGAAUAUCUACUUUUCGAAGAACCUACCGGGUACGGUAUCUUCAAGGUCAAACUUCAGCAAGAUGACAUCGGGUCCCGUCUAAAAGAGGUGCAACAGCAGAUCAACGACUUUGGCUCGUUCACCAAGCUUGUGGAACUGGUGUCGUUUGCCCCAUUCAAAGGUGCGGCCCAGGCUUUGGAAAACGCCAACGACAUUUCCGAAGGUCUCGUUUCUGAAUACUUGAAGGCUGUUUUGGACAUGAACCUGCCAAAGGCCUCUAGCAAGAAAACUGUGACCCUUGGUAUCUCGGAUAAGAACCUUGGUCCUUCUAUCAAGGAGACUUUCCCUUACGUGGACUGUAUGUCCAACGAGUUGGCCCAGGACCUGAUCCGUGGUGUCAGACUCCACGGCGACAAGCUUCUAAAGGACUUGCAACAGGGAGAUUUGGAAAGGGCUCAGUUGGGUCUGGGUCACGCCUACUCUAGGGCCAAAGUGAAGUUCUCUGUUCAAAAGAAUGACAACCAUAUCAUUCAGGCCAUUGCUUUGCUCGACCAACUUGACAAGGACAUUAACACUUUUGCCAUGCGUGUCAAGGAAUGGUACGGAUGGCAUUUCCCAGAGCUUGCCAAGCUCGUCCCUGACAACUACAAGUUUGCCCAGCUUGUCCUUUUCAUCAAAGACAAGGCUUCUCUGACAGAGGACUCUGUCCACGACCUUGCUGCCAUCUUAGACAACGAUGCCGGUAUCGCUGAACGUGUCAUCGACAAUGCCCGUAUCUCUAUGGGACAAGACCUGUCUGAAACCGAUAUGGAGAACGUUUGCGUUUUUGCCGAAAGAGUAAGAUCUUUGGCAGACUACCGCAGACAGCUGUACGACUACUUGUGCUCCAAGAUGCACACCGUGGCCCCCAACCUUUCUGAAUUAAUCGGUGAAGUUAUCGGUGCCAGACUGAUCUCGCAUGCUGGUUCUUUGACCAGCUUGUCCAAACAAGCUGCUUCUACCGUGCAGAUCUUGGGUGCCGAAAAAGCUCUUUUCAGAGCCUUAAAGACUAAAGGUAAUACCCCAAAGUAUGGUUUGAUCUAUCACAGUGGUUUUAUUGGCAAAGCUGGUGCUAAGAACAAAGGUAGAAUCUCCAGAUAUCUCGCCAACAAGUGCUCCAUGGCUUCUAGAAUUGACAACUACUCUGACGAGCCUAGCAAUAUCUUUGGUCAAGUCUUGAAGAAGCAAGUCGAACAAAGAUUGGAGUUUUACAGCACAGGUGCUCCUACUUUGAAGAACGAAUUGGCCAUUCAGGAAGCUAUUGAGUUAUAUAAGAAGGAACAGCCUGCUGCCCCAGUUAAGGAGUCUAAGAAGAGAAAGCUAGAAGCUAGCGAAGAAGAAGACAACCAAGACGAGGAGGACAAGAAGGUCACCAAGAAGGAGAAGAAGGACAAGAAGGAGAAGAAGGACAAGAAAGAGAAGAAGGACAAGAAGGACAAGAAAGAGAAGAAGGACAAGAAGGACAAGAAGGAGAAAAAGAAGAAGGACUAA